AGGGGAGGCCGCAGCAGCCACUCAGAGGAACGGUAGUGAGGCCUGCGAACAACUUCAACUGUCAAUCAGACUUAAUGGGGUAUUAAAAAAAAAUGGGGUGGGGGUGAAGGAGCCGCCCUCUCGCUCCGCGCCACGGCUACCCAGGGGAGCGAAUGCAUAAGGAGGCGCGGAGCUGGGCGUCCGAUCCACGCGCGCUCCGCGCCCCGGCCCCUCUCCAAGUUGGAAAGGACAAAAAGAAGGCAAUAAAUGCUCCAGGGGAGAGAGCGAGGAGGGAGAGGGAGCCGGAUCGAGCGGCAACUCCCAGCCGCCGCUGGAGGAGCGCGAGGCAGAGCCGGAGGCAGGCAGCGGCGGGGAGCGAGCGCGCGCGAGGGCGAGCCCAGCACGCAGGGAAACUGACACCGGGACCCCCGCUUCUCCCGCGCGCCGCUGGCAAGCAGACCGCGCUGAAGCAAUUUCCUGAGCCCGAGCGUAGCCCUGGGCCGGCCGGCUCGCGCGGAUCACAGCCGGAGCGCCCAGCCACCCCCCACCCCACCCCCGGACUUUAUUCUUCCUGGAGAAGGGGGCAGACGCGCCGCUAUUUGGAAACAGCCUGGUUGUUUUGAUUUUUUUUUUUUAACCUUGCACUUUGAGACCGCGGGGCUGGAGCCGGGUGCGCGCGUGUGGUUGGUGCCUUUUUUUUUUUUUUUUUUCUUUCUCUCCUGCCCCAGCCUAAACUCUGGCAGCCUGUAAACACGACCUGCGAGUUCCCCCGCCGAGACGGCGGCCCGACCAGAAACUUCUGCUUCUAGCUUCACACCCCCGCCCUUGCUGGCUCCCCCGGCCGCCCCGCUCGCCGCCCCAACCUCCGAGACGCCGUCCUGUUCCCGAGGAUUUGUUCUUUUUACUCUUUUUUUUUCUUCCCCCUCGCCCCACCUCGUCCGGCGUGUUGCAUUUGGCUGGGAAGAGGUGAUCUCCAGAGCGCCCAGGUGGGACGCUUCGCUCCUCCUUAUUCGGCUUAUUUAUUGCUGUGUGGGCUGUUUUCUUGUUUGCAUUCCUGUUUGGCUCGGGCUGAAGAGUCUUGCCCCCUGCCCGGCGCCGCGGCGCGCAGGAUGAUGUGGAAGUGGCUGGGAGCGCUGGUGGUGUUCCCUCUACAGAUUGUCUACCUGGUGGCCAAAGCGGCCGUGGGGCUGCUGCUGCCCGCCAGGCUGCGGGACCUGUCGCGGGAGAGCGUGCUCAUCACCGGCGGCGGCAGAGGCAUCGGGCGUCAGCUCGCCCGCGAGUUCGCGGAGCGCGGCGCCAGGAAGAUUGUUCUCUGGGGCCGGACUGAGAAAUGCCUGAAGGAGACGACAGAGGAGAUUCGUCAGAUGGGUGCCGAGUGCCACUACUUCAUCUGUGACGUGGGCAACCGGGAGGAGGUAUACCAGACGGCCAAAGCUGUCCAGGAGAAGGUAGGCGACAUCACCAUCCUGGUGAACAACGCCGCCGUGGUCCAUGGGAAGAGCUUGAUGGACAGCGAUGACGAUGCCCUGCUCAAAUCCCAGCACAUCAACACGCUGGGCCAGUUCUGGACCACCAAGGCCUUCUUGCCACGCAUGCUGGAGCUGCAGAAUGGCCACAUCGUGUGCCUUAACUCUGUGCUGGCCCUCUCCGCCAUCCCCGGCGCCAUCGACUACUGCACGUCCAAAGCGUCGGCCUUCGCCUUCAUGGAGAGCCUCACCCUGGGGCUGCUCGACUGUCCGGGCGUCAGCGCCACCACCGUGCUGCCCUUCCACACCAGCACCGAGAUGUUCCAGGGCAUGAGGGUCAGGUUCCCAAAGCUCUUCCCGCCGCUGAAGCCGGAGACGGUGGCCCGGAGGACGGUGGAAGCUGUGCAGUUGAACCAGGCCCUGCUCCUAUUGCCAUGGACCAUGCACAUCCUCAUCCUCUUGAAAAGCAUUCUGCCACAGGCUGCGCUGGAAGAGAUCCACAGAUUCUCAGGAACUUACACCUGCAUGAACACGUUCAAAGGGCGGACAUAGAGCAGGAAAAGAGACACUCGGAGAGCUGUGGGGGAGCCUGAGGCGGCCUGGGCACCUGGGCACGCGCCCACGCGCCUGCCCCUCGACACACUGCUGCUGGGUGAACAGGACUGCUCCUGUCACCAGGGAGGAAUCCGGCCACCCACGCCCAGCCUGCCCCAGGACCUUUGCACAGGACUGACGGGUAUAACUGACCCCCAUGGGGUGGCAAGAGACCAGCCAGCAGCCGCCUUGUCACUUUGGUCCAUUUUUGAGUCUGUAGAGUCUGUCGUUCAGUUGCUUCUCGGCUGUCCCCAGCAUCAGCAGUGUGCAAAGACUGUUUCUGGGAGCUUCUGUCCCCACACACAUCUGCCUUCCCCUUCAAAAUCCACCCACCCGGUCAUCAACCUGCUGCGCAAACUGGUUGGAAGGCAGGAAUGAUAAAUAAAAAGUUGGCUUUUG